UUUGACAUUUGACAUAUUGUUAACAAUUUCUUCAAAGUUAUUAUUUUACAUUACAAAAAUCUUUUAUAAAACUAAACAGAAUACGUAUACGAUAAAACGUUAGGUUGUGUGCCAAGAUGCAUAAAAUUUUGGAAUUUCAAGCUGUAGUCCUGGCAGCUGGGAAGGGCUCUCGGCUACCGGACGUCGGUGGCAGCGUAUCGAAAUGUCUUUUGCCUGUAGGACCAUACCCUGUCCUAUGGUAUUCAUUAAAUAUGUUAGAGAGAGUUGGAUUCCAGGAAACCAUGAUUGUUGUUCUGGAUGAAGAUAAAUCAAAUAUUUUGAGUGCUUUAGAGAACUGUCCCUUAAAAAUCAAAUAUGAAUUGAUAGACAUACCCUCUGAGGAGGAUUGGGGAACAGCAAAUUCAUUAAAAUAUAUCAGUAACAGAGUAACAACAGAUCUUGUAGUUGUUUCCGGAGACCUUAUUACAAACAUCAAUCUAAAUGAAGUACUAAAUUUGUAUAGAAAACAUGAUGCUGCAUUAACAACUCUCUUUUUUAAUAAUGGUCCUGAAGAAUGGCAAAAAUUACCAGGUCUUCCAAGCAAAACAAAACCUGACAGAGAUCUUGUUUGUGUGGAUGAAGAAACUCAAAGGCUUGUGUUUCUAGCCAGUGCUAGUGACUUUGAAGGGAAUGUAUCUAUACCAAAAUUAUUGGUAAAAAAGUUUGAGUCUGUCAACAUGUAUAGUAGAUUACUUGAUGCUCAUGUCUAUGUUAUGAAAAAGUGGAUUAUAAACUAUUUUAUUGAUGCUGAUAAAUUUACUUCCAUUAAGGGAGAACUUAUACCGUUAAUUGUAAAGAAACAACUUUCGAAACCUAAAAAUCCUGCAGAGAAGAAAGGUACUUCUGAGAAAAAUGUUGAAUUAUUUAAGGAUAUCUUUUAUUAUGCUGUGGAUCAAGGAUAUGAAAGUGAAAUAAGAAAAAUGUCUGCAUACAAUGAUCACAAACUGGGAAGCAAGCCUGUUUAUUGUAAUGAUACAUUGAGAUGUUAUGCUCACAUACCUGAUAAGAAUACCUUUGGAAUUAGAGUUAACACUCUCUCAUCAUUCUGCUUGUCAAAUAAAAAGAUAAUAUCUCAAUGGGAAAACCUGACAGGGUCACCACUCACUGAUCGAUUGCAUCCCAACAGUGAAGUGAAAACAAAACAAAUAGAUGAAACAUGUACAGUCGGAGAGAAAAGUUUUGUCAGCGAAAAAACAUCAAUAAAGAACACUUUUAUUGGUGCUAACUGUACUGUUGAGAACAAAGUUAGAUUAACUAAUUGCAUUAUAAUGAAUAAUGUUACUAUUAAGGAAGGAUGUGUUCUACAAGAUUGUAUAGUAUACACUGGAGCUACUCUGGAAGGGAACUGUUCCUUACAGUACUGUAUUGUCGGUCCACAUCAUUUAGUGUCGGCUUCUACUGCCGGUGUUCAACAACUGUAUGCAGAAACAACUGACAACAUGAUUACACUCGGAUAAAAUACAAUGAAUCUUUAUUUAACUAUUCUGUUCUACAAAUUUUCAAAUUAAAUGGCGGGUCCAUAUUUCAGAAAUGUGUUUGUAAUUAUUUCAAAACAUAAGAUAUCCUAACCACAAAUAAAAACCCUGGCCUUGAGAUUCUCUGGGCUUCUCUAGUAUGCAAAGAAAUUAUUUUCCUCAAAAAAGGGAAGGGAUUGUAUAUUUCUGGCCAGGUUAUACUUUCUGGAUAGUUAGCGAAUGCUAAACAACAAAUCCAUUAUACAGUCAAAGAUUAAAAAAUUGUAAUAUGUAAAUUAUAUGAAAAUACAGUUUGAUGACAAUCAAA